AUGGACUACACUAAUAUCGUCAGGGAGAACGCCUUCUUCCUCUCCCGUCAGAGGACCGCCGGCUGUCCAGGUUAUGACCGAGAUGACGGCUAUAUUAUGGUCGAAGACGAAUUGCAGACGGUGGCACAGUCAUAUACCGCACACCUACACCACGCCGAAUACAAGAGACUGGUCAAGCAAGCUCGUCAAGCUCCUCCGAAAGCUCUCCCUGCACCGACCUCGCCCAUGUCCGAGGAAGCAAAGAAUCGGCUGAAAACUGCGGCUCUCGAAAGAAGGCAGAGGAAUACCUUGCGGCGUGUCACAGCUGACAAAACACGCGAAGGAGAAGAAGAAGGCGAAGACGAGAAAGUGGCCAAUUUAUGGUCCGGUACCAGUUUGGCUCCCCUAAUGGUUGGUGGUAACGAACAGAAGCGAUCCUUGGUGGGACUGGAGGGCAUAUCGAGCAGCACCAAGGCUGGGCUAGGCCUCACCAGAAUUCAGAGCUCCCGAAAAGAGACCAGGGGGGGGAAUGAGGGUGAUGCUCUUGAACUAAACGAUGUGCACGGCAAAGCGCCUCAGCAACGGGACGCAGUGGUCAAUGCCAUUACCUCUCAAACGAUCCCGGUGACUCGUGUAGUCGACAAGAACUCCUCCGAAUCCAGACCUGCUCCAGCCGUUGGUGAGCCCGCAACGCGUCCCUUGACUAAACGCAAGUUCUUUUUUGACCUUGAUGACGGCUGGGAUACUCCAGAAACAGUCAUCAAAUCCGAGGAUGACAGACGGAAGUCGAGGCCAGCGCUGCUGUCAGACAAAGGGAAGGAAAAAAAGUCGAGGCUAGAUGAAGUGCCAAUGUGGUUAUGA